UUUUAAUGUCUUGGCUUUCUGUCCUCUUGGCUUAAGAAAUUUAAAGAGAAUAAACUUCAUUCACUUACGAAAUAAAUUUCACUUUUGAAAAUUUGAGGUUAUGAAAUGAAAUGCAUCACGGUGGCAUUCUUCAUGAAGCACAUUAAGUGUCUCAAAAAAGUAUGCCGGUGUGAGCAUUGUAGUUCAUACUCUCGUGUAUUCAGUUCAGAAAUGAAAUUUAUUUUCUAUACAUUCUACUUUCAUUUCUGUCGGAAUUCUCGGUAAAGCUACUAAAUUUAUCAAAAUUUAUUUGCGCAUUCUUCACAACUGCAGCACAUUCAUAAGUAAAUGGAUCAUUACAAUUUGUGAAGAUAUCAAACGCAAAGACCUUGCAAAUGUAAAUAUAAAAUAUGUGAAUGACCCGGAUUCAACAUAUGAAAUGGUGGAUCCAAGGGGUGCGAAAGUCGUGUAUGGUGGAUAUCGUAAUGGAUUCGGAUUUUCUCCAAUGUAACAUAUUUGAUCAUUUCCAAAGUAGGAAUACAAACACGCACUGAAGUUCGUCAAUAGUAGAUUGAUUCGUCAGUGUCCCCAUGUACAUGUAGGAUUGGGCCAGUAGGGAUCCAAUGAAAUUCAGUCCUUACAUUUUGUUUUUAAAAUUAAACACAUUGUAACAGUGGUCGUGCUUUGUAUUAGAAAUCGUUUGAAAGUUAAGACAAUACACAAAAUGAUUCAUAGUGGGUAAAGUUUCGCUUGAUUAGUUUAAUUGUUUGGAGUGGUUUUAGAACUGAAGUGACAAUGCCAUUCAAGACACUAAUUCAGCUUGCCUGUAUGAACAAGCAUUGUGGAUGUGCUUCAGACAUUUUCAUGGAUUGUGUGCAUGCCACAGCAGCAUAAUCAGCAUCAAAAGUAAUUUAGAGGAAUUUUUGAUUUAUGAAGGCGUGCUAGUAUGGCUAGCGGAAUAACUAGAAAUGUUCCCAAAACUCACGGAUAUUUGGAGGAUUUAGACAGAAAAGACGAGAGCAAGCUGGAGAUAAAUGAGGGGUUCCGAGAGGAACUAAAGAAAGCAUCAGAGGAUGAGUUUGAAGAGGAAACGGUAUACCCGGAAGGAAACGUAGACGAUGCCUACGCCAAGUGUCAAGACUGGGAUUCCGUCUUAGAGGAUAUGGAGAUUAACGGCGAUCAAGGUCAUUUGCCGGAGGACUAUUUCACCCCAGAGACGACUGAGAAUCCUGAUGACGUCAUCAGUGUCAAAGGAAUUGAAGAUCAUCCUAAAAAAAGAAUCAGUGUUAAGGACGUAGAUGGCAAUUUGAAUUUAGAUACUGACAAAGCAGUGGGAAAACCAGAAUCUUCUGGAUCAUCUAUUGUAGUAGAUGUGUUCGUUACAAAAAUCCUUUGCGACGAUAUCAGUUUGACGCUGCCGUCAAGUCUAGCUGCGAAACUUCAGCCAUUUCAAGCGAUUCCAUGGACGACAGCGCGACGAUCAUCACUGAACAAAAUAGGCCUUGAUUUUGCCGACAAGUUUGAAUCUGAUAUCUACUCUAUCGUACCCACUGACGUCUUGUUGAAACUUCAAGAUGUUGGCAUGGAAGACGAGGAAACAUCCACCUUCAAGGAUUAUGACGUUUUUAACAUUCACGACUCAUAUGCAGAUGACAUUACAUUCAAAUUUACUUUGAAACGCAAUAUGAAAGAUUCGUUGUAUAAUCUCUGUGCAAAAAUAAAGACAACGGAAAAAUGGAUUUCAAUCGAUGUACAAUACAAUGAGGCUGGUUACGUCACCUUCAGCUGCUGCAAUGUUUGCUCUUUGUGUAUUGUUGCUGCACCAAGGAUUGAGAGAUGCACUCUGACUCCAGAAGGCUAUAGAUUUGUACCAGAGGAUGACACCAGUCUCUACAUCGACUUUCCAGCAGGAACGGUAGAUAAGGAUGAAGAAAUCAAAGUCCAGUUGGUACCAGUGGCAAAGGAAGACAUGCGGACUCGUUUGGAGACGUACCCUGAUAUAUACGACAUUCUAGCAAUGUCCAAAUGUAUUUUUGUUGACCAUACUGUUAACAAAUUCAAGAAAACGAUGGAAGUCCAGUUCACUAUGGACAACAUCCUCUUGGUCGAUCCCGAAGACCCUCUUUACGAACUUGCCUUCUUCUACUGGGAGAAUGGUAACGCCAAAAGAGUAUCCGGAAAGAACAUCACAAGACAAAAUGAAAAUUAUAUAGUGGAAGUUGAUCACUUUAGCGGUGUGUCUUGUGCUAUUGUCCGGAGAAAUGCCAAAAUGUCACCUCUAGAACCUUACCUUGUCUACGGAAUGCUGCAUACCUGCACAAUACUGAUUUUCAUUAAGAGAAGAAAGGAGGAUAUGAUAUCGCUUUGGUGCGAAUGUACAAAACGUGAAAUGGCAAGAGCUGUUGCGAAGAAAAGGAUUGAGGACCACGAACUGGAAGAAAUUGACUGCAGUCAUUCGAAAGACAUUUUCGUAAGAGAAGGCCAACGAAUUCGCAUCGAUGUGAGCGGAUCUAUCCAGUUUGUGCGUGAAAUUCCAAAAUCGUUUUACUUAUUGACAUUCAUACCCGUGGCGGAAGAUAAUCAUAUCUAUUUCCCUCUUCAAAAGAACGUCCGGAUGGGUUCGGUCCCCUAUGGCGUCAUCAAUUUCUCGGCUGACAAUCAAAGGAAGCAACUUCUUCACAGUGUUCACUUCGAUCCAUGGGUUAGAAGCGCAGCAGCUCUGAAGAAGUAUCACACAGACAUUGCUAUUUAUAAUAGACCAAACACAUCCAAGACCGAUCCCGGGCCAUACAAGACACCCAGGAGCCCGAAGAAAGGAUGUGUUCAGUUUGAUAAUAUAACGAACACAGCCGCUCAGUGCAUUAGAGAUUGGUUUGACAACGAGAAGAACUUACUUGCAAUCGCUAAUCAAAUACCAGUGAAGAAAUUACUCCAAUUUGGAAUCUAUCUCUGCAUUCGAUCAGAAGACAUUCACCGGCUCAAAAAAGAUUACAACGAAAACGACGAGGAGCUGCAAUUUUUCUUUAUGAAGUUCUGGGCAAGGAGAGUGAAAUCCUAUUUAAAGCCGGAAGCCAGGCUGGAGCAGCUGACCAAAGCAAUGAGCAACAUUGGUCUCCGGAGAGAAGCAGAGAUCGUCAAGAAAAUCUUCAAAUCCAAAGAAGACCUGACAGACGAACAUUUUAUAAUAUCCAUAUAAGGGGAUGAGAAGGAGGAGCGAGAAAGAGAGAAAGAGGGGGAGCGUGACGAAAACCACGAAAAUUAACUGUAACAGUUCGAAUGUUUGUUGACUUCCUUAUCUUGUUUACGUCCUAUUCGAGAUUUGUUUUUCUCUCUCAGUCAUAUAGAGAUGUCACAAGCUUAAUAGGAAGUGCCACACAGCUUGACCUAUUAUGACGCUUAAAGGUUGUAGGAAUGAAGGUUCAUCAUCAUUCCAAUUCAUAACGUAGCACAGGGUUUUCAAGAUAAAAUCUAAACUACCUAUGCUUUUCAGUUCUAACGUUGGGUGCUUUGCCAUUGAACAUUUGCUACCCAUAGUUUUGUCGCGACCGCCGUGGAUCGAACCCGGGGCACUCCAUUUGUGACACCAGUGCUCUAAUCAUUACUGAGUAAUCCUUAUGCAUUCAAACUGAAAUAAUUUAGAAAAUGAAUGCAUGUUGAGUGGAGCGCAUUUGACGUCAUGUUUACAAAAAAACAAUAUACUUGCGUAAACAUUUAUGAAAGAUAGACUCAUGAAUAAUUUUCAAUGGAAUGAAAAUGAUAUCGUUAAUUUCGCUCAUUAUUUGUGUGUCGCCACCGGAUGACAUCAUCUGAGAUAGGUAUCAAAGCAUGUGUAUCACACUGAACUAUUUUAGGUUUCUAUUGUACAUUAAUGAUAUUCGCCAUUGUAAAUUGGACCGUUUUCUCAAUGAUAUGACAUUGCAUGUAAGGAACGAAAUUAAAAUAAAAUAUUUCUACAGUU